CAGUUCACGAGCGGGGGGGGGGGAGGCGGGAGCGCGCAUCAUUCAGCGAGGGUGCCGCGAGACUCGGAGGAGGCGGAGGCGGCGGCUGCUGUGGCUUUUGUCACCCGAAAAGACAGCCGAAACGGCAGGAAACGUUUCGCAUCUACGUCCCAGCGUUUGUUUUUUUCUUUUUUUUUUGUUCGCCGUCGAGCCGGCGCUUGAACAAUUCGGCCCACCCGUCGACCGAGGUUGAAUUUUAAAUACAGCAAAAACCACAACGGAAACGGCAAAAGCAAACCGCUGCGGUGGAGCGCGAGGAUGGUGGUACCGGAGAGCGGCUCUGCGGAUCACGGGGGCGACGGCGGGCUGGGCCUGGGGGAGGGGCAGGGCCCCCAGUUUGAGGCGGACCAGGCCCUGCCGGGCACCGAGCUGGAGGAGGUGCGCAAGCUGCAGGAGCUGGUGAGGCGGCUGGAGAUCCAGAACCAGCAGCUCCGGAACCGCGGGGGCAAGACCCUGCGGGGGGACUCCAGCAGCUGUCUGUCCGCCGCCUGCAACGUCAACGACCGGACUCUGGGGGACUGCCCUCUGUCUGCGACUUCCCUGCGGCCAGACGACAACGACGACGACGACAACAUCAGUGUCAGGGCCACGAACUUUGAACCCCCGCUGCAGGACAGCAGCAGCAGCGGAGAUGAGUCUUCAACCCCCGAGCCACAGAGCAGCAGACUACAGGAGGAGGAGUUGGCGGAGGGGCUUCGGUGUGGCAGCCAUCUCGCUGGCUACAUGGAGCUGCCCCAGAGCCACAGGCAGGGUGGGGAUGGGGAGGAGGAAACGCAGCAGAGGCCACUACUGGACUGCACUGACCAGGACCCCCACACAGAGGACUGCGGGGAGGAAGAAGGUGCUGAGAGUAGGCUGGGACUUUCUGCCCUUGAUGAGGUGGAGGUGCUGGACCUGGAGGACUGUGAUGAGGCAGAAGACGAAGACAGCUGGCUGUACGUGUCUCCUAAGAAGCAGGUUGUGACUGAGCAGAGACCUGAAUCUCCUCUAAAAUGGUGCCGUCAGGUGCUGGACCACCCCAGCCCAGAAACGGAGGCCGCCUGCCGGACCCUCCUCUACCGCCUCGAUCAGACAGCCCGAUGGAAGAAUAUAUACAGCAGCCCCUCCACUCAGUGCGUUUACAGCUCCACCUCAGAGACUGCCUGUUCUAGCACUGCCUUAAACUCCCCUGGGUACCACAAAUCAACUAACAAAACACUACUAACCUGUGGCAGUUCAGGUUAUAUGAGUAUGCACUCUGCGCUGAGUUCACAGUCCUCAGUGGACAGCGAGCUGAGCACCUCUGAUGACUCCAUCUCAAUGGGGUACAAGCUGCAGGACCUCACCGAUGUUCAAAUCAUGGCCCGGCUGCAGGAAGAGAGUCUGAGGCAGGACUACGCCUCCAGCUCGGCCUCGGUCUCCCGGCGCAGCUCCAGCGCGUCCCUGCAGUCCCUGCGCCGCGGCACCUACAGCGACCAGGAGUUCGACACCUACAGCCUGGAGGACGAGGAGGAGGCCUGCUGCCUCUCGCACCGCGGGCACCGCCACUCCCCCUCCCCGCUGGGCUCCCCGCGCUGCCAGUCCCCCAGCGCCCCGGGGGAGUACAGCCGCGUCAGCGCCCAGCGCACCCUCCCGCCGCGCCGCUCGCUGCAGGGCCCGGGCCCCGAGCUGCUGAAGUUCGCCAAGAGCGAGGAGGAGCUGCGGCGGAGCAUGCCCAACCUGGCGCGCACCAGCCUGCGCUCCCUGGAGGCCGUGAGGAACAGCCGCAGCAUGGAGUCCAACCUGCAGAGCCCCGGCAGCCGCAUCUCCCGGCUCCCUCAGGCCAGCGCAGGGGUUCCCUCCACCCGGCUGCGGGGCAGUGCCCAGUCUCCCCUGUCUCUCCGUGCUCCAGUCAAAGCUCUGGGGCCUGUUGGCUCCAUGGGAGGGGGUAGGCAGCCCCAUAAAGGAUUGGUGUCCCCUGGGGUGCCGUCCGGGGGGAUGCGCAGGGCGCAGUCCCCCGCCUCCUCUGGUCCGGCCUCGCCCAGUGGGGCAGGGGCCCCCGCCAGCAGGGCGGCCGCAGCAGGAGGGAAGCAGACGCCCGGCCGAAGUCGCUCCUCCCUGGGAGGGCCCACGCCCGCCUCCCCCAGGGGCAGGCUGGCCCAGCCUUCUAAGAGGUCACUGGGGUUAACGAAAACCUGCAGCCCUGUCACAGAUGAAUCGUGGAAGGACGGAUGUUAUUAAUCACCCAAAGAUGCUCUCCUCUCUCUAAUUGGAGAAGACAACACCGAUAUUCUGCCUCUUAAAAGCACAACCCCAGCAGGCUGGGACACAUGGCUGCUUGAAUCUGCAAAAGAACACAUCUGUACUUAACACAAGAUGCCUCACAGACUCCCUCUUGCUACAGAGACACUGCUUGAAAAUCGCACAAGCGACAAUAGUCACUGUGGUUCAAUGUAGAUGAUAGACUUCCAAAUUGUUUUACUUAGCCAUCUGUCCUAUUUUACUGGUACCUGGCUAAGAUGUUGGAAUUCUGAGAUUUUUGAAGUUCUG